GUGACCGCGGCCCGGCAAAGUCACGUGGCUGGGGCGCGCCCGCCCGUCGUGGCCAUGGCGGCCGCAGGUUCCAGUGUGGUAAGGCGAGUGGAAGAGCUCGGGGACCUGGCUCAGGCUCACAUACAGCAGCUUAGCGAAGCCGCCGGCGAAGAUGAUCACUUUUUAAUUCGGGCUUCUGCAGCUCUAGAAAAAUUGAAACUUCUGUGUGGAGAAGACAAAGAAUGUUCAAACCCAUCAAAUCUUCUAGAACUUUACACACAGGCCAUUUUGGACAUGACAUAUUUUGAGGAGAACAAACUAGUAGAUGAAGAUUUUCCUGAGGACUCUUCACAGAAAGUAAAAGAGCUGAUCAGUUUUCUUUCAGAACCAGAAAUUUUAAUUAAAGAAAAUAAUAUGCAUCCAAAACCCUGCGAUUUGCUUGGGGAUGAACUUCUGGAAUGCCUCUCUUGGAGAAGAGGUGCUCUACUCUAUAUGUAUUGUCAUUCUCUGACCAAAAGGAGAGAGUGGCUCACAAGAAAAUCCAGUUUGCUUAAAAAGUAUCUUAUUGAUGGAAUCAGUUACUUGCUACAGAUGCUAAAUUACCGGUGUCCUAUCCAGUUAAAUGAAGGAGUUUCUUUCCAAGACUUAGACACAGCCAAAUUACUGAGUGAAGGAAUAUUUAGUGACAUUCAUUUGCUGGCUAUGAUGUACAGCGGAGAAAUGUGUUACUGGGGAUUGAAGCAUUGUGCAGAUCAACAGCCAGAAAAUCAUGAAGUGGAUAGUGGUGUUUCCGGAGCAAGCUACACGACACAGAAAGAACCCUUGGAUUUCCGAGAAGUAGGAGAAAAAAUUUUGAAAAAGUAUGUAUCUGUGUGCGAAGGACCCCUGAAAGAACAAGAAUGGAAUACAGCAAAUGCAAAACAAAUUUUAAACUUCUUUCAGCAUCAUACCAACCAGUAAGUUCAGCUAUUCUUUUUGAAACAGAAGAACAAAACAACCCGUGAAAUGGAAAAAGUUCCAGAAAAGAAGACAUAUUGACACUGAGCUUAAGAAUGUUACACUAUGUAAAGAUAACCAGCAGGGUUACCUAUUUUUAAAUGCCAUCGCCAUCUUUCAUUACAUGUUUUUAAAUCUAUGAAGGAACAAUUCUUUAAUUUCUAAGAUGGCAUGUAAUUUUAAUUCAGCCAUCCUGUAACUAAUACUAAGUAGUAAUCCAGUUUAGCUUUUUAGAAUUUUUUUAUUACUUUAGGUUUCUUUUUUUAAUAUUGUGACAUAAAAUUGACCACUUUAAAUAUCUUCAGAUUAUUUUUAGGUCUAUCUUGAAGCUACGCUUCAGCGAUUAAAAUCAAUUCACCUCAUUGCUUUAGAUGGAUAAAAAAUGGGCAAAAUAGAAGAUUGUAACUAGUAUUUAGACUCCCAUUUCCAGAAUAAGAUAAAUAAUGCAAUGCCACAAGAGAAUUGUUUGAUUUUUUUUCACCAUGUAUUACUAAUAGAAUUUAAAAUUUUUAUGCUAUUGGGCAUUAUAUAACCAUUUUCAAAUGAUUUUCCUGUUUUGUUAAAAGAAAAUGGAUGGCUUAUGAAAUGAGUAAUGAAGAUGAAACCAAUUUAGGUUAGUCCAUCAUUAGCUCAUAUGUGUUCAGAGCACACCUUUUUGGAUGUAUUGAAAUUUUAAUAUUUUUGUCUUUAAUAAUAAUAGAUGGCCAGAGAACCUAACUUUCUAUCUUGCUUACAGUAUUUCUGUCUACCUCAACUCCUCUUGUCAUCUUGGGAUGAUCUAAUACCUUGCUGAUAUCCUUGACUUCUGUGCCAGUGACUUCAUCACAUUCCAGGAACUUACUCCCAUGGCUACACCUUGAAUGAAAAUCACCACCUUGUGUUCUCUUUCUGAAAUCUUAAAUUGCAAUAACCAAUAACAAUUCCUAUCUUUCCAGCUUUUUCACUUCCUCAUUUUUGAUUUUUCUUUCCCUGUAUUUCUAUUCUUUUUUUUUUUUUAAUUUUUUUUUUAACAUUUAUUUAUUUUUGAGACAGAGAGAGAC